CAUGUAAUAACCACAGUUUAAAUUCUUGGCGUCAGAGCAGCAGGCGGUGAUGGGAAAGCCGUCUGAGACCAGAUCUGGGGCCCUUUGUGCCAAGAGCAAAGGAUCUGGCGUUGUUCCGAAGCAUAAAAUCUUAGAUUCCAUAGAUGCCAUUUGGGUGUGUAAGACAUUCUCAUGGUUCAGAAUUUAAGAGGAAUAAGGAAAUAAAGGAAUAAUUGUUUUGCACACGAGUAGUAUUUCAGAAGCAAAGAGUUUGAAGCAGAACUUGAUCAUUAAGAGGGGCUGAGGUUUUGAUUGUGUGCUUUUUGUUUUAACUGCUAUUUGCUAUAUUAAGUCAUGCAGGAGUCAGCCGCAGUGUGGCUGUAAUGACUGCUUUUCUGAUGAAGACUGACCAACUUACCUUUGAAAAAGCCUAUGAAAACCUCCAGACUAUCCAACCAGAGGCCAGGAUGAAUGAGGGUUUUGAGUGGCAACUGAAAUUAUACCAGCUCAUGGGAUGCGAAGUCGACACCUGUAGUGCAAUUUAUAAGCAAUAUCGUUUGCAAAAGGUUACAGAGAAGUAUCCGGAACUGCAGAGCUUACCUCAGGAACUCUUUGCUGUUGACCCAACCGUGGUUUCACAAGGAUCGAAAGAGGAGGUUCUCUACAAAUGUAGAAAGUGCAGGAGGUCUUUAUUUCGAAGUUCGAGCAUUUUGGAUCAUAAUGAAGGAAGCGGCUCCAUAGCCUUUGCCCACAAGAGACGGGCACCGUCCCUCGUGCCCGUCAUGGGGAGUCGGGCUCAGUGCACAUCCUAUUUCAUUGAACCUGUGCAGUGGAUGGAACCCGCCCUGCUGGGAGUGAUGGAUGGGCAGCUUCUGUGCCCCAAAUGCAAUGCCAAGUUGGGUUCUUUCAACUGGUAUGGUGACCAGUGCUCCUGUGGUAGGUGGAUAACUCCUGCUUUUCAAAUCCAUAAGAACAGAGUGGAUGAAACGAAAGCGCUGCUGGUUCUGGGAUCACAAACAAGAAAAAUGUGAACUUGGGACAUUUGAUAUCUGCUGGAGGGUACAUGCUACUUGCUUCUCAUCGUUCACACGGUGUCCUGGUGUUUAGACUGUCAGCGUUGCAUUUGAUAUGUGAGAAGAUGCACUCACUUGGACACUUUAAGUAUAAAGACUACUUCAUAUGGAAAUAAAAACUUUUUUCCUCCUAAAUCCUUA